CAUCAGCAUCAACGAUAUUGUCGUGUAAUAUUACAAUAAUUAUACGAGAAUUAUUGUAUUGUAGCUUCUCGAUAGCACUUCCUCAAAAGUAGUCCCUAAGUGCCACGACGACUCACAUGCCAAAAACGACAACCCACCACAGUCGCACACGGAGUUCCACUUUCCUUUUUACUCAAUUCAUACUGUUCAUUCACCAUUGUUUUCCACAACUAUCUGCUGAAAGACAGGGCCCGAUAUGUCUGGUUCCGACCAACCAUCGCCGUCCCCGAGAAGCCUCGGUGAGGUAUCGGAGGAGGAGCUGGUGCGGCUGAGCUUGGAUCUGGUGGCCGCCGCCAGACAAAACAUUGGGUUCUUGAGAGAUGUUGCAGAAUCGCAUUGGCUCCAUCACACACCUGUUCUUGUUGAAUCCAUUCGUAGGUAUCAUGAACUAUGGAUGCCAAUGAUGUCUGAUCUUACGCCGGAAUCAGGCAAACCACCGAUGAUCCUUCCUUCUCUUGAUAUUGAAUGGGUUUGGUUCUGUCACACUCUAAAUCCGGUAACUUACAGACAAUACUGCGAAUCAAGAUUCUCGAAACUCAUCGGAAAACCAGCCAUUUUUAACCAAGAAAACAAAGAUUAUGCUUUAGAAAGAUGCAGAGAGAUUUGGAUUGCUAAAUACCCAUGUGAACCUUUCGAAAAUGAGUCCGAUUCCGGUGACAUACACGAAAGCAAGAUUCUUCCGGCCGAUCAUCUUUUGGGAGAAGUAUCUAAGCAAAGAUGUCUCUUCACCAUGUUUUCCAAGCCUUAUAUGCUAGAACUCGUAUACUUAAUCGCUGCCAAAAACCGAUACAAGGGCUUUGUGUUUAUAUCACAAAAAUUCGCCGAUAGCAACUCAAGUUUUGUACCCACAUCGGAUAUUCUACUGAUGUGGAUUACUCAUAAGAGCUACCCGACAGCAUAUACGAUGGAUGGGAAGGAAAUGGAGAAGGUCGUUGGUUCUGGAGAAUCAGUGAAGGAGGAGGAUUUGGAGGUGACGAAGAAGCUUUGGGAGAAAGUGUUUGAUCAGCCGUACGAGAAAGCCGGCUGCUCGGCCAUUGGCGGUGCCGGCGGCCUAAACCCACCGCCGCUUCACUGGGAAGUUACGGAUACCGAUGUCAACGUGAAGUACCGGCCAUUGUUGCCUCGAUUCUUGCUUGAGGUUAACAUAUUGGUAAAGCAAAUCCCUAUGAUGAAGACACUCGAAAUGGAUGUAUCAAAGGAGUUUUUACGCUUCCAGUUCCUUCGAUGUCACCGAGACCUUAAAAUAAACAACCCCAUAUCCACCCUUCCUUCAAAUUCAUGGCAGAAAUUAGUGAAUCUUUACUGUGAGUUUGGGACGAAAGGAAUGGUUGUUGAACUAAGGCGAAAAGGGGGAGUAGUGUGUAUGAAUGGAAGUAAGCUGCUGGAUUCCAAGACUUUUAUGUGGAACCAGUUGCUUCGGGCAACUUCAAUCACAUUGGAUGGAGUGGUCGGGCAAAGAAUGAGGGUGGUUGUAUCGAUUACGCCGCCUGCCCAAGCACCAUACUUGUUGAAGUCGGUGCCUGACCGGGUGACCGACGAUUCGGGAGCCAUGGUGUCGGAGGUGGUUCUGAAAAUGAACCAGUACCGGCCUCAAGAAGGCCGGUGGCUGUCUCGUACAGUUCUUGAUCAUGCAGGAAGAGAGUGUUUCGUUAUUCGUAUGAGAGUUGGAGGCGGGUUUUGGAGACGAGGUAGUAACAAGCCUACGGUUGUAAAAUGGGAGGAUCGAUGUAUAGAAAUACGAGAAGGCUCAUGGUUGUAUGUGGCUGGUUCAAUUGGGAGAGCCCCGGAGAAGGUGAUAGGAACCGCGACACCGAAGAAAGCAUCCCAAGGGUGGCAAGCUCAAUGGAGCCUUUCAACCGGACAUGAACUGUUUAUGCGGUUGGAAUCAUCAACUGUUAUGGAUUUCGAUCUUAAAACCACUACCUCCACCGGUUCACAAGUUAGGUUGUUAAACGGGCGGAAAAUGCAGUAUUGGGAUGAUGAAAACAAAGGCGAUGAAGAGGGGUUCGUGACAAUUGUUCGGUUCACGGAGGAAAACCCUAGUGGGAGAGCAACGGGUCUAUUGAAUUGGAAACUGUCCUCGGUGGAAUUCCUUCCGGAAGAAGAUACGGUAUUCAUGCUGCUUCUUAACAUGGCGAUACUUAGAAGUGUUACAGAAAUUACAAGGGAAGAUGUGGGGAGUUUGCUGGUUCGAAGGAGGCUGAAAGAAGCAAGACAUGGGUCCCGGGAUUGGGGUUCGGUUAUCGUGCUUGAGUCGUUGGUGAAAUCGGUUUAUGUUAAGCCUUGGUAUUGGAAUGCUGAGGGUGUAAUGGCACGAGAAGGGGUGGAUUAUGUGACAAAGAGUUAUUCGGCUGAGGAAUGUGGUGAUGAAUUGUAUAAGCAAGCGUUGUUUGGUUGAUUGAUGCAUAUUCAUGCCUUUUGUUUGAGUUUGUAAUAAUUAUUUUCAAUUAUAAACUUUCAUUUUAUAUAUUAAUUUAGUAUUGUUUUGGCUA